AUGCUUGCCAGAGGGCGGCCGGCCUUGCUGCAGGACGCCAAGGAGGUGCCGCGGAAACGGUGCGAGGACCUGGAGAACCUGGACGUGGGCAAGGGGGGGCCCUUCAUCCUCACUGGCAUGCAGGAGUGGCAGGGGCGCAUGGACCUCGCCUGGUUCAAGGAGCACUUGGGCCAGGAGCGCCAGCUGGUGAAGUGGCUGGGCCCUGUCUUUACCCGCCAGGAGAGUCUUUGGGAGGCCCCUGUCUACGAGACCUCCCUGGCGGAGUACGUGGAGUACAUCCAAGACCUCGAGCGGAUGGAUCCUGACUGCUUGGAGGAGAAUGCGGCGUGUUGCCCCCGGCUCUACCUGAACGGCUGGCCGGCCUUCUGCCAGCUGCCGAAGCUGCGGCGCUGCGUGCUACCGGAGGGCACCACACAACCCGCCGACUCCGCAGGCGUUUUGGAGGACCUCAACUCCCUGCUCAUCCGGGAGUCCGAGGCGCUGCGCGAGUCUCUCCUCGAAGGGCUGACCGCCAGAGGCAGCUACCAGCCGCCCGACAAGGCGGAGCAGACGGAGAAACUUGAGAAGGAGGAUUGGGAGCUCACCAAGGUCUUCCUGUCCCCCCGGGGCGCCAUCACCCGGCUCCACUACGACAACGGGGGCGCCCAUGCCUGGCUGUCUCAAGUGGAAGGCCGGAAGAUGUUCGUUUGCUUCGCGCCUUCCGCCGGGCUCCCAAAGCCAGCCUGUGGAGCGCGCGAUGCGCAGAUCUACCGCCACAAGCUUGCAAUGAGCAUCCGGAACUUGUGGUGUUGGCGCACCCUGGGUGGGAAUAGAGGUAAGGCGGACCUGGAAUCCAACAGGCCGCCCUGGUGGCCGGCAUCGCGGCUGCCCAGCGCAGGAUGCGGAAGCAGCUCGGCCCAUGUGCACGCAUGCCUUUCGCCCUGGGCGCGCCAGCGCGCGGACUUGGUGUACCAAAUCCAAACCGGCGAUGUUCCCGCGGUGCUCCGCGGUUUGGCGGCCGACGGCGGCGAGGGGUCUGCCGUGGACGCGCCGCUGACCUCGCUGGGCCAAACAGCGCUGCACAUCGCCUGCGGAAGUGGGGCGCUGCCGCUGGUGCAAGCGCUGCUGAAGGCCGGCGCCGACCCCAACCUGCGCGACCGCACGGGUGCCUCCUGCGUAGCCCUUUGUUGCGCCGCGGGGCACGCCCACGUGCUGCAGAAGCUUCUGGAGGUCCCGGUCCGGGUGGCCACCUACGACGUGGCGGGCUUGACGCCGCUGCACAAGGCGGUGGGCUUUGGACAGCCGGACUGCCUCAGGCGCCUUCUGGAGCACGGGCUGGACCCCAACCUCCUCACCGGGGAGGUCACCCUCCCCCCCGACUACGGCGCCGCCCCGUCCAGGUAUGAGACGGCCUUGCAUAUUGCGGCGCGGCUGCUGACGAGGGCCAUCAACAGCCCGCAAGGCGCUGGGUCGUCCGAAAGGCAACAGCUGCAGCAGCGGGAGAUCAUGAAGAUCUUGGUCUCCUUUGGCGCCGACCCGAUGGCCAAAGACCUGAACGGGGACACUCCUUUGCACUGGUGCGCCCGCACCGGAGAUGCCUGGGGCCUCUGGCUAUUGCUGGGCCACACCCCCAGCCCUCAGGCGGCGCUGCUGAGUUGCAACAAGCUCGGGGAGGAUGUGUGGGGCGCCAUCGACUCCUGGCCCGCGCGCCUGGUGGCAUAUGCGGCGCUGCUGCGGCCAUUACCUGCCCUGAGAUGA